CAGCUUUCUCUAGAGCGUGCUGAGCGACGGAUCCUGUUACUGCCCACAUCCAGAAAGAAUGUGUUGCCUGAACAUGCCAGCCAUACUACUUGUCCUGUCGCUGACAAUUAGCUGUCGGAACGCGGCACCCAUAGAUAGGUUAAAAUUAGAUGGCACAUCCAAUGGGACAUCGGAGAAGGGAUGGCGAAUUGACGUACAGGCCAGCUACACGCUCUUCAUGCCAAGCCACCAAACGCCACAGCAGGAGGCCACGAGAGAGAACAGACACCAAAUGGAAAAAAGGAAAUGUAACACAGCGACUUGCGUCACGCAGCGUCUAGCGGAUUUUCUAGUUCGAUCCCACAGCAAUAUUGGAACAAUAGACAGACCGACCAACGUGGGUUCCUACACGUACGGGAAGAGGAACGUGGUUGGCGUUUUAAGCAGAGAAUCUUUUGACUAUCUGCAACACUAGCUCAUUCUACAGAAAGUCAAAACGCGUCCGUGUCACCCAAUCCUUCUGAUUUUCCCUCCCCCCACGCAUUCUAACAGUGCCUUGGUAUCAAUGCUCACACGUUCUCAUGGCUUGUUUACCAGUAAACUCUGAAACACAGAAACAUUGGUUUUAACUGAAGGGGGUGUUAAAUCGUAUCUUGCCCCCAAAUUUGAA